AUGUCUUUGCCACUAGCAACUCUUGAAGAAACUUCUUCAAGUUUGACUCGAACUGAAAUUGCAAGCUCAACUUCAAUUCCAUCAUCUCGCAAAAUGCAACGAACCUCACUUAAACAAACCCAAAUCCAACACAAUAAAACAGAAUCAGAAUCAGAACUGAACGCAUGGCUAGCAUUAAACCCAUCAAAACCUUUUCCAAUCCUCAACUUACCUAUCACCAUCAUACUCCAAAUCUUCACAAGUUUAGAUAUACCAGAUUUAGAUUCACUUAAAUCAACAGGUCAUCAACUUUUAAUGAGUUUAGCAAAUGAUUCAGUUUUACAUCAACAUCGAUUAAGAUCAGUUGGAACCACAUGUUUAGAACCUUAUUUACUAAACCGACCUAACCGAUUAGAUUUAGCAAAAAGUAAAAUACUAAAAGGAUUGAAUUUAGAAUUCAAAAUCAAUUCUGGAUCUUAUUUACAUUCACCUACAUCCAUCAAAACGUAUGAAACAUCCGAAAAAAUUAAUCGAUUGAUCAUCAAAAACAAAUUAACUAAAGCUUUAGAAAGUAGACCGAUCUUUUAUCAAUUAACUUCUUUUAAUUUGAUUGAUGAAGAGUUGAAAAAUGAACAUGUUUCGGCUAGUUUGGCUCCGAUGAUUAGGUCACUCAAACGGGAGAGAGUUAAAGAUCAGUUGGCUCAACAAAUGAGGUAUAAUAAGCUUUUGAAUGGAAUUCCAAUCCACCCUUCAAAAUGUUGGGAAGGAUCGAAUUGA